AUGGUUGAUAUUAAUGAUUGUCUUUCUAUACUUGAUGGUCGUCUCAAACAAUUAACCACAUUCAUUGUUCAACUUAAAUAUAUCGGUGAUUCAUCAUCAAUUUCUCGCAAUAUGGAUGAAGUACAUAAUCUGAAAUAUUUCUCAUUAACAUGUUAUGAGUAUAUUGAUAAUUAUGACGAUGUAAUUGUGCCGCUUCUUCGUCGUAUGACACAUCUGGAAAAGUUAACUUUAUAUCUUCGUGUUCUUAAUCGAAGUUCGUUCAUCAAUGGUACACAUCUUCAUAAUGAAAUUCUUGUUCAUAUGCCUCAACUUCAUACAUUCAUCUUUUACAUUAGCACAGAAAAUGACAUUAAUGAAUCAGUUCAUCGUAUAUCUAAUGAUGAUAUUCAGCAAACGUUUACACAUACAAGAUAUGCACGAACUGGUUGUAUGACUGAAGCUGGAUGCGAAUGGAUGAAAAAUUACUUACGCAAGUAUGCUAAUAUUGCCCGAAAAUAUGAUGUCGGACUUGUUUUGGAAAAUGCAUCAUGGCGUGCUAAUCCAGAUUGGAUGAAAAAAAUCGGUUAUUCCGACCAAGAUGUUGUGAAUGUGAAUCGCAAAUCCAUUGAAUUACUCUACGAUAUUCGUAAUGAAUAUGAAACUGAAAACUGUCCAAUAGUUUUUAAUGCAUCCAUCGGUCCACGUGGUGAUGGAUAUAAUCCUACGACGAUAAUGUCCAUUGAAGAAGCGCAGGCAUAUCAUGCAACACAAAUCGGCAUUAUCAGUCAAACUAAUGCAGACAUGAUCACAGGUGUGACAUUGAACUAUCCUGAAGAAGCUAUUGGAAUUGCAAAAGCUGCCAAGGCAGUUAAUAUUCCCGCCGUAAUAUCGUUCACUGUUGAAGUAGAUGGUAAAUUAUCGGGAGGACAAACCCUAAAAGAAGCUAUUGAGCUUGUCGAUAAAGUUACUCAGAAUUCACCCGUUUAUUAUAUGAUCAACUGUGCACAUCCGAGCAAUUUUGAACAUGUCUUGAUCCCUGGUGAAGCUUGGAUAGAAAGAAUUCACAGUGUUAAAGGCAAUGCUUCGAAGAAAAGUCAUGCUGAACUCGAUGGAAGUAAAGAACUCGAUUCAGGAAAUCCAAUUGAAUUUGCUGAGAGUACUCGAGCACUAUUAUACAAGCUUAAGAAUUUGAACGUAUUCGGUGGAUGUUGUGGAACAGAUUAUCGUCAUAUUGAAGAAAUUUGCAAGAACGAAAUUGAAUCAAAAUUUUCAACAACAAAUGAUUAA